CUGUGCUUGCUUCGGACUUAAAUUUUCUGCGGCAUUUGCAAAGUUAGUAAAUAAAAACAAUUCUGGACAGUUUUCCCAUCACUGGCACAAAAUUGCCAGUGAAAUAACUCAUGUUAACAAUGGCAGCACCUGUGACUUGUCUUUUGUGCCUGGAUGAGAAUUCUCUUCUUGCGCGGGAAUAUAUAGACAUCCACUCAAUCAAGGGAACGCAACUGGAGGUAACCAAGAUAUUGAACCAGCAUUUCCACCUGAAUCUUGUAGAAAGUCACCGAGAAUCAAGAAAAAUAUGCUCACGUUGUUGGAAAACUGUUUUCGAUUUUCAUACUCUAUACGAAUUUGUAAGUGCGGCGCAAAGCUCUCUGCAGGAGACGAAAGUGUUACUUAUGGAGGACGACCCAUUAACGCAAGGAAACUAUGGGGAGUCACCAAAGUUGAGUAUCGGGGAGCCGUCUCAAGUUCAACUCCAGCCGAAUGAAGGAAAUUUAUUUUAUCCCGAAAUAAAAAUAGAGGAGCAUGAGCUGGACCAAUUGCCGAAAAUUGAAGUGCUUGAGAACACAACAAAUGUACAGCCUCGUAAGGAAUCUGGGAACACAAGACGUUUGAGAAGACGUGGAAAGACGGAAACUGUCAACACAAACAGCGAACCCAAAACUGUAGGAGAGAUUGAGCCUACUUUGAUUCCUGCGGAAGUGCCUAUCACACCAAUUAAACGCCGCGGUCGUCCACGCAAAGUACAAAUCCCUGUAGAUGUACCAAACAACAAUGUGCAAAUUGAUAAGCCGGUAGCUCCCAGUGUUAAGUCAGAGGAGCCCGCAGAGUUUUCUGACGAAGAAACAGAAUUUGGAAAUAUGGAUCCGGAUUUCCUACACAGCGAUGGAGGCAGCAACAAUAGUACAAGCAGCAAUGAAGAAGAUGAUGAAGACGACUCCGACUUCGAAGUGGCGAAACCAGUAAGCACCGACUUUGCGGUGAUUCCCAAACGUGUCGUUGUGCGACCCAAGAAGUAUAAAAAGCGCGCGAAACCGUUAGAGCCCAAGGCGCGCAUGUCAAAGGAAAUGCUGGAGCAGCGGAAAGCGCAGCAAAAGGAGUAUGAUGAUAUCAUUGCGAAGUUCUUUAACAACGUGCUUCCAUGCUCAGUUUGUGACCUGCUGGUGCACAAUUUUACUGAAAUGCAACGCCACCACCGCCUGACACACCAAAUCGAUCCUGGCUAUAUGAUGUGCUGCGGAAGGAAAUUUACACAGCGAAAGGUGUUGGCCGAACACGUCUUAGUCCAUGGUGAUCCGGAUCAUUUCAGGUGCGAUUCUUGUGGGAAAUCAUUCCAAAACUCGCGUCAUUUGGAGUCUCAUCAGCGGGUGCAUUCAGAUGAGUCCUCAAAGCUGAUGUUCCACUGCGAUCAGUGCCCCAAAGUUUUCCUUAGCAAAACGGCCAUUGACUACCAUAAGCUAAACAAGCAUGUCCCCAAGUCCGAGUUCAAAUUCGGUUGCACAGAGUGCAACAAAAGAUUCCUUACCGAGCGAAAACUGAAGAAUCACAUGAGCUCCAUGCACGACCCGGAGAGCACGAUUAUAUGCGACAAAUGCGGCAAACAGAUGCGUACAAAAAUCAUACUGAAGAAGCAUCAAGAGCUGAUGCAUUCCGAUAAGCCCCGACCAGAGCCGGAGUUAAAGCAGUGCCAAAUCUGCGGAGCCUGGCUGAAGGGUAUUACGGGCCUGAAGCAGCACAUGAAAAGCAUACAUGUGGAGAGCGCGGGUGAGCAUCGCUGCCAUGUCUGCGACAAAGUAUCGCCAAAUGCGCGUGCCCUGCGUCGCCACAUCUAUCACAAUCAUGAAUGCGAGCGCAAAUUCAAGUGCACUAUGUGCGACAAGGCUUUUAAGCGACCCCAGGAGCUGAGGGAACACACAUCCACACACACGGGCGAGGUGCUCUACACAUGUCCCAACUGUCCCAUGACCUUCUUCUGCAGCGCUAACAUGUACAAACAUCGCCAGCGUUUGCAUCGCGCCCAAUACGAGGCGGAUAAAAAUCAACCCAGACCGCCAAAUAUUCUGCAACAGGCUGUGGGCGCAACCGCAGCCAUGAAAAUCAAACUAAUGCAGAACUUGAGCACUUCGACGCCACCGCUGCCGGACAUGGAGGCGGACAUGAAGCAUUUUUAAAGCACAUUCAUUUUACAUUAUACAUACAUUUAGUAAUGGGUCAUUUCGUCUUAGGUUUUAAAUUAAAGUAUGCUUAAGUUGAAAUUGUAAUUAGACAAAAAUUAAACUUAUACAUACAUACUUGUACGUACAUGUGUCUA